CGGUGACACUCGGUAACCGGACACCGCCUCGUGUCAUCCGUCUCCAUCGCUUUGCAAAGAAUGCCAUGAAAUGUCCCACAGGCCAUCAGUGGCACCUUGCUGUGAGUGAACCCCGUGGAGGAGGAGGAGGAGGAGGAGGAGGGGGGGGGAAUAACCGACGGCAGAUGAUGACGUGAUGGUUCCGGUUGUAGAGUGCGCGCGGGUGGGCACCGAGAGUCUUUAUUAAAGCCCGGUGCUGGAGUGUAAAUCACCGGACUUUAUGGUGUGCAGACCCUGGAGCGACCGCACUGGAAAGAGAGAGAGAGAGAUAAUAAAAAAAAAGGAGCGGUGACGUUUUGGUGAUGUUUGCCUCAGUCUGAAAGGGGUUUUGCUGCACAGUAGAUGAUGUUGUCCCCCCCAGAUGGUGACUUGGGGACUCGCUGGGGAAAUCGAGUUAGAGGCCACCUGAACGAAGAAUGGAGAUACAUCAAGGAGCUGCUCAGGCAGUAUAGGAACCUUUGUUUGACGGUUUGAUGGAGAGCCGGUCGAAUGUCAGCAGGAACCGUUGUUAUAUCCGGAGGAAUUCUCGCCGGAGUGAUCCUGCUGUGCAUCGUAGCGGUGCUCUGCUACUGUAGACUGCAGUAUUACUGCUGUAAGAAGAAUGAUUCUGAGGAGGACGUGGCCUCCGUGGUGGGAGCAGACCCCCUCUCGCACUUUCCCUGCGACGCCUGCGACGCACUCGCCAUGGACGGCGCGGCCAUCGCCCCCAUCGCUCUGGACCAGCUGGACUCGGGUUCCCACCACAGCCGCUGCCCCACCUGCUCGCCGCCCGCGCUCCGCCCCGGACUCUCAGACGCCCUGCGCAACGGAGACGAGCGGCUGGGCUUCCACACCUACUACGAGAACCCGUGCGUCUCCCUGCCGCUGCCCGCCAACCCGCGGGGCGCCUCUCCUCUGAGGUUCUUCAGUGGCACGGACGCGUUUCCUCCCCCGCCACCACGCCCCUACAGCACCCAGGUCUGACCUCUGCUGCACACCCGACAACUAGCACACGCCCCAUCGUCUGCGACUCAAUUCAGGCGAUAGAUUUCCCUUUGUGGGCGAGGCAUCCUGGGACCGAAUCCCCAUAAAGGGGCGUAAACCCCUUUUGGAUGAGGCCAAGUGGUCCACGCUACAUCUCAUUUAGUUCCAAGGCCAAAUCACGUGGGGAUAAAAUGUGUGUCAAUUGAGGUGUGAUUUAGCUGGAUUGGAUCAUUGAAGACGUGGUUGGAAGUGGUCAGGGACACGUGUGAGCAUGUCCAGUAGUGUGGAGACGGGUCCCCAGGGACACUGAGACACAGCCAAGUACUUUCUCUUGUUUUGGUGCUGUAUUGGGGAGGCAAUUUUUAAGAAAUUCCCAUAAGCCAUUUUAAUGACUUAAACUCCUCCAGUAAAUGCUUCUCAAAUUCAGUGUUUGUGGACAUAACUCUGUAAUUUAGUACUAAUCAUUGGAAAUGUAAAAAUGGUAUGAAAAGAUAAAUUGACUGUAAGGUUAAUUAGUAGUAUUAUAUUUAUUAGUUGUGAGUAUUAUCAAGUUAUUAAUAUUACUGACUCGUAAAGAAAAGCAUUAUUACAUUUUCUGCUCCUUCUCCAAAUGCGAUUAUUCAUAAAUUAAGUUCCAGGAGAUCAAGUUCUGUUGCUAGUUACGCUGAUUCUCUUACUAUUUUUUUACUUUUAUAAAGUGAAAUCAUAGAAAGAUGUGCUACACUUCUCAACUGAUAUUAGUGGUUCAAGCAUCAGAAACUUCACAACCACUGAUGGAUAAUUUACCUUUUUAUAAAACGUCUAGUUUUAAGUCAAAAUCCUCUUAUGCGCCUCUCUGUCUGUCUGGGGAACCAUCUUUUUUUAGCCACGGCUUUCUGAAUACGCGAUAGCUGGGGGGUGAUAAUAGUGUCUCUCGAUUGUGUUUGUCUGAAAAGAACCAACUCCCUUGUUAGUUGCUUUUAUUCUCACCCGCAUCGUUCCCCGCGCUGUGCCCGUAUUACCGGACCGGGUCAAUGACACCGACCUGCUUACUGUACACGAGGGCUAACACUUUUCUAUUCAGUGUUGUUGUUGGGUUUUCUCUAGAAGAAAGACAUGUUUUAGGCAUUUCUGUGCAUAUCGCUGAGUCUAGUUUUACUUUACUAGGAAACAAAAGUAUGCUGGAAUACUUGUAAUGAAGCUUGAGUAAUAAAAGGAAGUUGGGUUUUUUUUUUUGGUGUCUUCCAAGGUGACGUAUUUAACUUCUUUAUGUCUACACAUUGAGAUGGAUGAUCAGAAAGUAAUCCAUCUCAGAUUUGAAGACUCACAUUGUGUACUUUGUUGAUCCUGAAGCUUAAGUUUUGUAUCUUAUAACCCAUUAUAUAUGCUAUAGAGCAGUGGUCC